AUGAAAAUUACAUAAUCAUUGUUCUUUGCAAUCCUCUUUGCAAAUGUCUAUGCAGAUGUUUUAAUAAAAUUACCUUAUUAAUGUAGUUGUUCAUAAUUGAUAACGAAAUAUGAUUGCUACAAUGGAUAAGGAUGUAUUUGGAAUGAGUAUAAUGGAACUUGUUAACCAUAGCCUUGUGUUUCACUUAAUUCAUAUGAUUGUGCACAUGACAAAAAUUGCAUGUGGUCAUAUACAAAAAAUUAAUGUGAUACUUUUUAAUUUUGCAAUUAAUUGUAAGCAAAUGGUUCUAGUUCUUGUUUUGAUUUAUCGAUUAACUGUCCCUAUUAAUCUACUUCUGGAGUUUGUGGAGGUAUAGAUAAAUUAGAACCAUGUUCAGCUUAAACAAACAGUAGUGAUUGCUACAGCAAGAUAUCAUAAACUAGAUGUUUUUUUGAUAAUAAAGCUUCAAAGUGUAUUCCAGUAGAAUGCUCAUAAAUGCCUAAUAUGUAUAACUGUACAUAUUUCGAUUAUUGCCAUUGGAAUUAAAAUAAUGGUACAUGUGCUUAAUUAAACUGUAAUAAUACAUAACAUGCCUCAUCUUGUUAAUAUGUCUAUAUUUAUUCUACAAACUAAUUCUAAACUUGUGUAUGGAAUGUGACAUCAGAAACAUGCAAUCCUGCAGAUAAUGCAAAUCAACUCAUUUAAAAUAAUUGUACUAUUAAUACAGUUGGAUCCUAUAGAUGGAAUCCAAAUACAAAUACAUGUCAAAGCUGUUAUGCCAAAAUAAUCACUAUUAUUUUGCUAUAAUUGAUUUUGAUAUUUGUAUGA